AUGUUCCAACCUCCCUUGGGGCGUGCUACGCCUCCAGACGCGACACUUUCGUGCCAAUACCUCUUCCAGGUCACCACGGAAUUUCCGGAGUUUGUACCUUCUUACCGAUGGUGGGAAGAUGAGACCGCCGCCGUUCUAUGGGCCUUUCACGAAGAUGCCCGUCUGGUCAUUCGCUACGCGUUACUUCGGGACCAGAAUAUACUGCGCAGUAAUCUACUCGGCCGCAAUACAGAAGCUAUUGAUACACUCGUAAACCUCAUCAAACCACAUGAGAAACAAUUGAACCUACACCUCUCCCAUGACAGCAGGGUUGAAAAAAUUCUGAGCCAUUCUUGCCUACCAUCUUUCAAGCCUGUUCCUUGGUCCUGUUUUCCACCAUCGGGUCCGUCUCUUGAUGCACGGGCGAUCGCACAAAGAAUUGAGAUGCAGAGUCACUUCCAAUUGAGAUUAAUUGCUUUUGAAGAUAUUGUCCGCGCCUCAUUAGGGUACACGGGUAACUCGGUUGAGUGGUUCUUAAGGGCCCAUACCGAGCUAUACGUUCAACUGUUGGCUCAUCUUCAAAUUCAUAUGGAGGAGAUCUCAGUCUACGAAGAAGUUGAGGAGCUCCUACGAACGCAAAGCCCAUUCGCUCAUCGGGCGGUGUUGCAGUGUUUAGUUGAUCUCCGCCGGGGAACAACAUCAGGUUUUCCACCGCCGCCGAUACACGGCUUUGAAUUUGUCGCACGCCCAAUCCAGAUUCUGUUCCAAGAGCGCCCUCACAGUUUGACCGAAAUACUCAAGAUCUGCGACAGGAAUGUUUUGGGUCGUCUUCUGGGUCAGACCUGGCUAGAACUCUCACGAAUAUGGACAAAAGCUAAUUUUUCCAAUCUGUCUCCACAAAGUAUCGUGGCGCAGGAUAGAAUUGCGCCAGAUUUUCUGGAUAGUUGGCAUGCUCUAACAGUCUCCGUUUGGGAAGUUCUAUGUGCAAUACCCUACCUGGCACCAUACCUUCAAGAAUGCGCUCAGAAGCUAUUUCAUCUCCGAAAUUAUCACUCCGCGACAGCAGUGCUUCAUGGCCUCCGCGAAUAUAGCGAAUUCUUUGCGCGAUUUGACAACCUUGGCAGCACAGUGGGUGAAGUGCCGAUUACGGAUUCAAGCGUUCCACCCAAGAUCGGGUUCCUGAUAGAUGACAAUCAGAAUUAUACCGCUUACCGCCAAUAUUAUCUCGAGUAUCCCGGCAUCCCUUUACUCCGUCCCCACCUCAGGGGCGGCGAAUCGGCUCUUCAGCCCGUCUUCAACUUCAUGCGGAAGUAA